AUGCGGCAGAAAUGGGGCUUUCUGGUCGGACUGCUUUUGGGCCUCGCCGCGGCCAAGCGCUGCACCAAGCAUCUCACAUCCCUGAAGGCGGGUGAUGCUUGCUCGGCAACUUGGAGAGAACUUACGGCAUCUGGCUGGAACGGAGACGAAAGAUUGGCAGGGCCAUUACUACUCCCUACGCAGCCGUCGAUCGGCUAUGCCUGGGUGCAUGCCCAGCACGAGAAGUAUUUCAUGUCGAAGAAGGAUGCGGCCAAAGAGCUCAAGAAGGCACAGUUCCCGGUCGUUCUCGGUGGCAGUCACUUCUACUUGACGGAUCGCCACCAUCACGCAGCGGCACUGCAGCUUUCUGGCGACGAGGAUAUUUUCGACCUUGAUAUGAACAUUCUGGUCGUUUGUGAUCUUCGAAGUCUAGGUGAGGAUACAUUCUGGGCGGAGAUGAUCAAGCGAAAAUACGUUUACCUCGAGUCCCGUGAAUCACCGUAUGCGCUGCCGCACAUGGUGGGUCCCGAUGUGCUUGCAAGUGGAUGGGCUCUGGCGAAUUUUGAGGACAAUCUGUGGCGGAGUUUGGCUGGCUUUGCUUCGCACGUGAACGAUGCCUCAUCGCGCUGUUACAUCAAGUCCUGUGACGAGUUCUUUGUGGACUUUCAAUGGGGCUAUGCCAUAAACGUGGCCACCGAGUACAAUACUACGCUGUGGCCAAGCGGCGAUCAGCACGCAGCUUUCCAACGGCUUCUGCACAGCCUGCCGUACCCAUCGUUGAAAGACGUGGACUUGCAGGACUGGAAGAAGCUUGGUGAGCAGCUGCUGCCGCUUUGCCACGGGCCAGCUCUGCACUCCUAUCCGCUUCCAGCAGGUUUUCCAUCGACGCUCCAGGGCUGGUCGGCUGUGCCAGUACCGGAUGACCCCAGCUGCAAGUACGAGUCGUGCACAAGUGCCAGGAUGAAUGGCCAGGAAGAUGCUCAUGGAUUCGUAGUCUAG